AUGGCCAUCCUCAUCCUCGGGGAAGUGCCGGCGGUGGAGCAGCAGAGCUGCCCCGCGCUCAGCCUGGGCUGCAAGUGCUCGGCCGAGCGGGCCAAGGCGGGCGGCGGCCCCGGCGCGCCCCGGAGGAGGGUGGUCUGCAGCGGCGGGGGGCUCCCCGCUCCGCCCGAGCCGCGACUGCUGCCCGACGGCACCGUCACGCUGCUGCUGAGCAACAACAAGAUCACGGUGCUGGAGAACGGCUCUUUCUUCGGGCUGUGGGCUCUGGAGAAGCUGGACCUGAAGAACAACCUGAUCAGCACAGUCCAGCCGGGCGCCUUCCUCGGCCUCCCUGAGCUGAAGCGGCUGGAUCUCUCCAACAACCGCAUCGGCUGCUUGAGUGCCAGUGUCUUCCAGGGGCUCCCCAACCUCCUCCGGCUGAACAUGUCCGGGAACAUCUUCUCCAGCCUCCCGCCCGGCGUCUUCGACGAGCUCCCCUCCCUGAAAGUCGUGGACUUCGCCACCGAGUACCUGACGUGCGACUGCAACCUGCGCUGGGUGCUGCCCUGGGCCCGCGACCGCUCGGCGCAGAUCUCGGAGCGGACGGCGUGCGCGUUCCCCCGGCAGCUGCGGGGCGUGACCCUGCGCGGGGCGCGGGACGGGCAGCUCCGCUGCGCGGGCGCCCCGGAGCUGCACACCCACCACCUCAUCCCGUCGCUGCGCCAGGUGGUUUUCCAGGGCGACCGGCUGCCCUUCCAGUGCACGGCCACGUACCUGGACAACAGCACCCAGAUCCGGUGGUUCCACAACCGAGAGCCCGUGGAGGAGGACGAGCGGACGGGCGUCAUCGUGGAGGAGAGUCUCAUCCAUGACUGCACCUUCAUCACCAGCGAGCUCAUCCUCUCCAACAUCCACGUCUCCGCCAACGGCGAGUGGGAAUGCGCUGUCUCCACCUCCCAGGGCAACGUCAGCAAGAAGGUGGAGAUCGUGGUGCUGGAGACCUCCGCGUCCUACUGCCCUGCCGAGCGGGUCACCAACAACCGCGGGGACUUCAGGUGGCCCCGCACCCUGGCGGGUAUCACAGCCUACCAGCCCUGCCUGCAGCACCCGUUUGCCGCGGGGCCGGCAGGCGCGGGCGCGGCGGGCGAGAAGCAGGCGUGGCGGCGCUGCGACCGCACCGGGCGCUGGGAGGACGGCGACUACUCCCACUGCCUCUACACCAACGACAUCACUCGAGUGCUCUACACCUUCGUGCUGAUGCCCAUCAACGCCUCCAACGCCCUGACCCUGGCACACCAGCUCCGCGUCUACACGGCCGAGGCAGCCAACUUCUCCGACAUGGUUGAUGUCCUUUACGUGGCCCAGAUGAUAGAGAAGUUUAUUGGCUACGUGGACCAGAUCAAGCAGCUGACGGACGUGAUCGUGGAGAUGGCCAGCAACAUCAUGCUGGUGGACGACCACAUCCUGUGGAUGUCGCAGAAGGAGGAGAAGGCCUGCACCAGCAUCGUCCGCUCCCUGGAGAGGAUCGCAGCUCACACGCUGGGCAGCAACUCCCAGCACAUGGCGGUGAACUCCCGCAAUAUCGCCUUCGAGGCGUACGUGGUGAAGCCCGAGAGCUACGUGGGGCUGAGCUGCGUGGCGUUCCAGCGGCGGGACGGGGCUGCACCGGGACGUCCCCCCCUGGCUGAGCGAGGGGCCGAGCCCGUGCCCGACCAGCAGCUCAGGCUGCGCUGCACCACGGGGCGCCCCAACGUCUCCCUGACCAGCUUCCACAUCAAGAACAGCAUCGCCCUGGCCUCCAUCCAGCUGCCCCCCAGCCUGUUUGCCAGCCCGGUCUCGGCCGUGCCAGGGACUGACUGCAAGCUCCAGCUGCUGGUCUUCCGCAACGGGAAACUCUUCUGCAGCACUGGGAACUCCUCCCGGCUGGCUGAUGAUGGCAAACGCCGCCGCGGGGCCACCCCGGUCAUCUACGCAGGGGCCGACGGCUGCGGAGUGGGAAACCUGUCGGAGCCGGUGGCCGUGUCCCUGCGGCACCCCGGGGAGGGCGCGGACCCCGUGGCCGCGUACUGGAACUUCGAGGUGCUGGGGGGCAUGGGGGGCUGGAGCGCCGAGGGGUGCCAGCUGGCUGCCCGUGAGCCCAACGUCACCUCCCUGCACUGCCGGCACCUCAGCAACGUGGCCGUGCUCAUGGAGCUGAGCGGGUUCCCCGGAGAGGCACAAGGUGCCGUGGAGGUGCUGCACCCGGCCAUGUACACCUGCACAGCCGUGCUGCUGCUCUGCCUCUUCACCACCAUCAUCACCUACAUCGUCCACCACGGCACCAUCCUCAUCCCACGGAAGGGCUGGCACAUGCUGCUCAACCUCUGCUUCCACAUUGCCAUGACGGCCGCCGUCUUCGCGGGAGGCAUCACCCUCACCGGGUACCGGAUCGUGUGCCAGGCGGUCGGCAUCAUCUUGCACUAUUCCUCCCUCUCCACCCUGCUCUGGAUGGCGGUGAAAGCCCGAGUGCUCUACAAGGAGGUGACCUGGAAGGCACCACGGCAGCCGGAUGGGGAUGUGUCCCAGGCAGCCCCCAGACCCAUGCUGAGGUUCUACCUGAUCGCCGGCGGGAUCCCCCUCAUCAUCUGCGGGAUCACGGCAGCCGUCAACAUCCACAACUACCACGACAACAACCCCUACUGCUGGCUGGUGUGGCGGCCCAGCCUGGGAGCCUUCUACGUCCCCGUGGCUUUCAUCCUGCUCGUCACCUGGAUUUACUUCCUCUGCGCCGGGCUCAGCCUCCAGUGCCGACCCUUACGCCGGAAAGACAUCCCGGAGCCACUGGAGCCACCGCCACGGCUGGGGGGCACCGGUGACCUCCUGACAGACUCUGGGUCCAUCUCGGUGACACUGAACUCGGGGCCACCCUGCCCCGAGGGGGACGGUGUCUACUCCCUGCGGGUCCAGUUCUGGGCACUGGUGACCACCCACGCCUUGUACGUGGCGCUGUGGACGUUCGGUGCCAUGGCCGUGUCCCAGCGCUGGUACCUGAACAUUGUCUUCAGCUGCCUCUACGGCGUCACCGCCGUGGCACUGGGGCUCUUCAUCUUCGUCCAUCACUGCCUGCGGCGCCGGGACGUGCUCAGCUCCUGGUUCUCCUGCUGCCCAUCGUACCGGAACGCGCUGCCCAUGCAGGCCUACGUGCACCCCGGGCUGGGGCCGGAGGACGGCUCACAGGUCUUCAUCGGCUGCGACCCGGAGGCAGCUCGUUCCGGCGCCUCCUCCUCCUCCUCGCCCAGCAGCGCCGGCUCGGCCGGGGGCCGCUGCAAGCUCACCAACCUGCAGGUCGCCCAGAGCCAGGCGGACGCCCGCCCGGCCGCCUGCCUGGAGCCAGAUGCCGCUGACGGGAAGCCCACGAGGCACGCCAGCAACCUCCACGGCCGCAGGAGCCACCGGGGCAGAACUAAGCCGUGCCGGGACGGGAAGCACCACCGCUUGAAAAUGCUGCGGGGCCCCUCGGAGCACCCGUCCAGCGAGAGCGGGAGCCUCCACAACAGCCACUCCGAGAGCUACCCCAGCGGCAGGACCAGCCCGGCCAGCGGCAGCCGCGUGGGGCCGCGGGGGCCCAAGGACGGGGAGGCGGCCGCCAGCCCCUCGGAGGGCAGUGAUGGCGGGCGGCGGGCGCCCGACUUCGCCGAGGGUCGCCGGAGGAGCGCCAGCCGGGACAGCCUGCGGCCGGGCGGCGCCGCCGAGAGGGAGGCGAAGCGCCGCUCCUACCCCCUGAACGUGGGCAGCCACAACGGCGGCCUCAAGGGCAGCAAGUACGACAUCAACCUGGCCAGCGCCGACGGCGUGGCCGGCAUGAAGACCGGCCUCUGGAAGAGCGAGACCACCGUGUGA